CAUUGCUGGGGUUGAGACCUCGAAACUGUGAAUAGUGAAGAAACAAUAAAAAGAAAUGGUCGGAAUCACCGUUGAACCGCUCAGCCCUCCAGCCGGCUCUGAUAUCGAUUUCGGUGCUGUGGUCACCAAUGUCGAUUUGGAGAACCUGACCGAUGAUGCGUUUGAUAUCAUCAGCGACGCCCUCCACAAGCACCUCGUUGUAGUUGUCAAGAACCAGCACAAUCUUACCCCCAAGGCGCAGUACGCCCUCACGCGUCGUUUCGAUCCGGCUGCCUCGCAGUAUGGCCAUGGGAAGACUCUGGAUGCCAAACGCAGUGUGCUUCAUCCGGAUCUGAAGACCGUUCCUCACCAACCGCAAGUCCAGGUAAUUGGACACGGGUUUGUACAGUCCUACGAGGGCCUCAGCAAUGUCCAGCUGAAGCACCCGCACCACCGCACUUUCCACCGCGAUCCCAUUCCGGACGACGAUGACUAUGACUUCACCCGGUUUUACCGCUGGCACAUUGACGCUGCCCUCUACGACUUGUAUCCGCCGCGCGUGACCACGUUGCUCGCCGUGCAAGUCCCCAAAGGCCGUCGCCAGACGCUCCGCUACGACGACGGAUCAGACGACAAGCUAGACGUCCCUCUGGGGACCACUGCCUUUGUAAGCGGCGAAAGGAUGUUCGAGCUUCUCUCCGACGAAGACCGGGAGUUGGCCCUCGGCAGCAAGGUCGAAUACGCACCUCACCCAUACAUCUGGAUGAGCUCUGCCCGCGCCCUGCCCACCGGACUAGGCAUGUACACCGAGAACCUCGAGCUGCCCCUCUCCGAGCUCCCGCCCAUCGACGAAUCCAAGAUCCAAGUACUUCCCAUGGUCUGGCAAAACCCCGGCACCGGCAAGCCUGCUCUCCAGAUCCAUCCGGCCGCGGUGCGUAGGAUCCAUCUCAAGGACGGCACGGUCAUCGACGACCUGGCGCGGGUGCGGGAGAUCGUGUACAAGCUGCAGCGCCCCGCGAUCAGCCCGAAAUACGUCUACGCGCAUGAUUGGGAAGAAGGGGAUUUUGUUUUCUUCCACAACCGGGGCGUGAUUCAUUCGGUUGUUGGGGCCUUUGGCGCAGGCGAGGUGCGGCUUUUCAGACAGUGUAAUUUGGCGGCGGCGGAGCCUCCGUUGGAGUAUCAGCAGUGAACUUUUCUUUCUUUCUUUCUUUCUUUCUUUCUUUCUUUCUUUCUUUCUUUAUUGGCGUGUACUUUAGUUAGGUUAGAUUGAAUAAACUGCAUGUAAUGUGGC